AUGUUCCACUCAAGAGUCAAAGCUUUGCAUCAAGCACAAUCAAACCCUCUCCUCCACUGGACCAAUCUCACAAAUCUCCAAACCUACCACACCCUCCGUCGUCCCAACAAACCCAACACCAAGCCUCGCCGCGAACGCCCUCACAGAGCCGCCGCAAAGCUUCUUCGCAAGCCCAUACCCUUCGUCUCCGAUGUCAAACAAACUCACGGCCCAGAAGACGCCUUGUCUCUCUUCCGAGAGUACCACGAAAUGGGAUUCAAACACGACUACCCCUCCUACUCUGCUCUCAUCUAUAAGCUGGCUCGUAAUCGCAACUUCGAAGCUAUUGAGACCAUUCUUGGCCAUGUACGAGAUAGAAACAUUCACUGCAAAGACACCCUUUUCAUUGCUCUGUUUCAACAUUAUGCGAAAGCCAAUUUGAUUAACAAAGCCAUUCAGCUUUUCCAUGAAAUGAAUACUUAUAAUUGCGUCCGUACAUUGCAAUCUUUCAAUUCUCUGCUCAAUGUGCUUGUUGACACUGAUCGGUUUUCCGAUGCCAAUGAGAUUUUCGGUCGGUGUAGUCAAAUGGGUUUUCGGCCCAAUUCGAUUUCGUAUAACAUAAUGAUCAAGGGGUGGCUUAAGAAAGGUGAAGUGGAAGAAGCACGGAAGGUAUUCGAUGAAAUGCUUGAGAGAAAAGUGCAGCCUAGUGUUGUGACAUAUAAUAGUCUGAUAGGGUUUUUUAGUCGAAAGGGAGAGUUGGAGGAAGCUACUUAUUUGCUUGAGGAUAUGAGACAGAAGGGGAAGUACCCGAAUGCUGUAACGUAUGCAUUAUUGAUGGAAGGUUUGUGCAUGGUGGGGAAGUAUGAGGAAGCAAAGAAGAUGAUGUUUGAUAUGGCUUAUCGGGGUUGUAAACCACGGCUUGUGAAUUAUGGUGUUUUGGUGAGUGAUCUGGGAAGGAGAGGGAAGAUUGAGGAGGCGAAAGCUUUACUGCAGGAAAUGAAGAAAAAAAGGUUUAGGCCAGAUGUUGUGAUUUAUAACAUCUUGAUCAACUUUCUGUGCAAGGAAGGUAGGGCUACAGAGGCUUAUAAAGUCUUGAUUGAAAUGCAAGUUGGAGGUUUUGAGCCUAAUGCAGCUACAUAUAGGAUGAUGGUUGACGGGUUUUGUCAGACUGAAGAUUUUGAGGGAGGGCUGAAGGUUUUGAUUGCAAUGUUGACAAGUAAACACUGUCCUCGGUUGGAAACAUUUGAGCGCUUGGUUACGGGACUAUUGAAGUGCGGGAAUGUUGAUGGUGCUUGUUUUGUCUUGGAGGAGAUGGAGAACAGAAAUCUGGAAUUAUGCUGCGAUGUUUGGGAAGCACCAGUUGUUGCUGCUUGUGGUGAGGACAGUAUUGCAGGUGACACAAUGACUGAAGUCAUUUCUGCCCACUAA